AUGGUCAAGGCAGGUCGCAUCGCGUGUAUCGCGGUGCCGUAUCUGUGGACGAUAGGAGCUCUGGUCGCGCUCAUCUUCGUGGGCUUGGGCUCAACGGACGAAGAUUCUUCUACGUUGAACAAGUUGUAUUUCAUGAGGGCCGACCUUUCAAAUGUCACCCACGUCGAAGCAACGAGAUUCGGCGACCGGCUACUUAACAUCACAUACACCGCCAUGAGAAAUGCCACUGAGGAGCUCGCCAAGGCCCUGGAAGAGGCAGAGGAGGACUCGGAGCUGCGCGACUUCUACAACAUUGGUCUCUUUGGCUACUGCACGGGCGACAAAGAGGGCGACGAUUUCAAGGUGGACUUUUGCAGCAAGCCCAAGGGCAGCUUCUGGUUCAACCCACUCGAGGUCUGGCACUUGAACAUCAGCGGCGUGCCCGACUUGCUGCCGUCGCAUCUCCAGUCGGAGCUGAAGACGUACCAGAAGGUUUCGCACUGGAUGUUUGUUGCAUAUGUGCUUGCGUUCGCCACUACUUGCAUCCAGCUGCUGGUGGGCUUUUCGGCCAUCUUUAGCCGCAUUGGAAGCUUAUUCACAACCAUUGUGGCAGUGGUUACAACCGUCUUCAUGCUGGCCGCGAACAUCACUGCGACCGCUCUAUUCGUGGUCCUGACUGGCGUCUUCAACUCUUCCCUCAAAGAAUACGGCGUGACCGCCCAUCUUGGCGGAAACCUCCUUGCUGCUUCAUGGCUUGCCGUUGCCCUGUCCAUGGCAAGCGCCGUUCUGUGGCUCUUCAGCUCAUGCUGUUGCUCUGGUCGCACUGAAGCCCGUCGUGUUUCGCCAAAGGGCACCUACGAGAAAGUUGACAUGGGAGCCGGCUCAUCACAACACAACGGCCAUACCACGGCGCCAGCUCCCACUUUCGAUAAGACGAAUACGGCGUAUGAACCCUACCGCCACCAGUGA